AUGAAAGAAUUGGAACUCAGUAUCGGCACAUUGACUAUAUCCCACCAGUUUAUGGUCGUAGGAAUGAGGAACACCUGUAUUUUAGGUGCUGACUUUUUGAAGUCAGGGCGAAUGGUCGUGGAUAUAGCAAAUUCGAAAUUAACUUGGCCAUCGGGAGAAGUGGCGUUGGUAAUCGAGACAACUGCACCAACUGUCAAUAAAUUAAGCGUACUGUUAGAUAAUUAUUCAGAUAUUUUUGUAAGCGGACCAAAUGACCCUUUAGGCCGAACCACUGUAGCAGAACACUCGAUUGACACAGGAGACAGCCGUCCUGUGAAGCAACGGCCUUAUAGAAUUCCUGUUCAUCUCAACACUGUAGUGAACAAGCAAGUGAACGACAUGAUCGAAAGAGGUGUAAUCCGAUCUAGUAACAGUCCCUGGUCCUCACCAAUCGUAUUAGCUCCGAAGAAAGACGGGGAUUAUAGAUUUUGCGUUGACUUUAGGCGAGUGAACUUGGUGACAAAGAAGGACGCUCAUCCUAUGCCUCGUAUAGACGAAAUUCUGGACCAGUUAGGCGGUGCGCGUUACUUUAGUACCUUGGACCUUGCUUCCGGGUACUGGCAAGUACCUCUAAGGGAAGAGGAUAUGGAGAAAACGGCUUUCUCCGUUGGUGCGAACCACUAUGAAUUUACAGUUAUGCCCUUUGGUUUAACUAACGCUCCCGCCACAUUUCAGCGCAUGAUGGGGAAUAUAUUGAUGGGUAUUAAAAGCUGCCUAGUAUUCAUGGAUGACAUUAUUAUUUUCUCGGAUACGUGGGAGGAACAUCAACGUAUUUUGGACGAAGUAUUUCGUCGUAUUCGGGCAGCAGGGUUGAAGAUCAAGCGAGACAAGUGCCAAUUUGCACAAGAAUCGGUGAAAUUCCUUGGCCACAUUGUAUCUGCACGGGGAACAGAACCAGAUUCGUCCAAAGUUGAGGCCGUGCGAGAAUUUGCGACCCCGACGUCUCUCACCGAUGUUCGAGCGUUCGUUGGGAUGGCCUCAUACUAUAGACGGUUUAUUAAGAACUUUGCGGACAUCGCUGCACCGCUCCACGACCUAACCAAGGGUGGCCAACCAGAAUUUUGUUGGACACCUGUGGCCGACAAAGCAUUUAAUGACCUCAAAAGUCGUCUGUGUUCAGCACCUAUCUUGUCCCUACCAGACUUCUUCGUUCCUUUCACCAUUUAUACGGAUGCCAGUGAUUUCGGCCUCGGCGCUGUCUUGUCCCAGCGAAGAGGUGAAAACGAGUACGUGAUCGCGUAUGCCAGCCGGACCCUUACGACUGCGGAGAAAAAUUACUCAACCACGGAGAAAGAGU